AUGCCCCGAGGACCUCAGCUUCCUCGAGAUCUUCUUGAUAAACUUCAGGGAGAUAAAUAUAAUGAUUGGAACCAAACACACAAUUUUAAAGGUUCUAAAUCUAGAAAGCAGCAGCGGAAGGAGCAGCGGCAUCAAAAGAAGGCCGGAAGAGCUCCUGCUCGUGGUGAGAUCAAGGGAAAGGAAAUGACCGCCGAGGAGACAAUGGCUGCCCUGGCUGCUGCCAAGAAACGAAAAGCCCCUGCUGAAACGAGUUUUCCGGCCAAAAAGUCCAAAGUGAAGCCGUUUGUUAGCCUACAUGAAGAGGAAUUGCGCCGAAAAGACGAAGAGGAUGCAAAGUACUAUGCCAAAAAGCUUGGCUUAAAAGGGUUGAAGCUGCCCAAAGGUGAUGAUGAACUUGGCGGACUCUUAGGAGACCUCGAUUUUGAUCGUUUCAGCGAUUUGGACAAGCAAGUGGGAAGUAGCAGCGAGAGUGAUCCAGAUAUCCUAGGGGAGUCUGACGUCGACGUCCCAUUGAAUAAGGACUCAGAAGAAUCCAUCGAAAUUCCUUGGACUGAUGAUUCUCUGUCAGAGGGAGACUUUGAUUCUGAGGCAGAAGCCGAGGCAGGCUCUGGCGACAACGGUUCUGAUCACGAUCAUGAAGAAGCGUCAGAGGGUGAGUUUAUUGAGAACCCAUGGACUGACGACUCGUUAUCCGAAGGUGAUUUUGAUGAGGAAGAAAGUGGUAGCGAAGAAGAACCUCAAAAUAAAAACGGAUCCGUUGAACAGCCAUGGAGUGACGAUUCGCUUUCAGAGGGUGACCUCGACAGUGAUGGUGAAGCCUCUGAAAAUGGAAUCGAAAUGACUGCUGAACAGACAAUGGCCGCUCUGAAAGCUGCUAAGGCUGGUAAAAGUAAAAAGUCGGCAGGUGAAAUGACUGAUGAGGAGACAGUGGCUGCACUACGAGCUGCCAAGGAGGCCAAAUCCAAACCAGAGAACCCAUAUGCGCCUGCAGGAGGGAAAUACGUUCCACCCUCUAGAAGAAAGCUCGAGACCACCAAAUCUGAAGAGGAAACCAAGCUACAGCGACAAAUUAAAGGUGCACUGAACAAAUUGGCUGAAGCGAAUCUCAAUGCAAUUGUCAACGAGAUCGAAGGCUAUUUUGUUCAGCAUACGCGUGCGAUGGUUUCAAAUACUUUGUCGACUAUUAUUAUUGAGAGCGUUUCUUCGCAGGGGACCCUGCAGGCUAAUUUUUUGCUUGUACAUGCCGGGUUAGUUGGCGCUCUAUAUCGCACAGUGGGUGUAGACUUUGGUGCUGAAUUCAUUCAGCUGCUUGUUGAAGCAUUUGAGAAAGCAUGCAAAAGCGGUGAUGAUAUUAAGCAAGCCAAUAACCUCGUGCAAUUGCUGGCCGAGUGCUACGCCAUGCAAGUGGUCGCGCCUGCGCUCGUCUAUGACGUUAUUCGCGAGCUUUUAGGCGACCUUAAUGAAAAUAACACUGAACUUUUGUUGAGUAUUGUUCGCAGCUGCGGUACUCAGUUACGUUCAGAUGACCCAGAGUCGUUAAAGGAGAUCAUCGUUCUUCUUCAGAGCAGUGUAGGUAAAGUUGGCCAGUCGUCACUGUCGUCCCGAACAAAGUUUUUGAUCGAGAGUAUUGUUGCUCUCAAGAACCAGCGGCAAAAGUCCUCGAACGAGGGCGUGCUUGAGCUGAGACAUCGCUUGCGAAAGGUGCUUGGUGGAAUCAAGGGCCAAGUCUCUGACCCGUUGCGGGUUACGUUGGAUGAUAUUCGAAACAUAGAUACAAGAGGAAAGUGGUGGAUUGUCGGUGCUGCAUGGGCAGGACAGUCAAGGUCCACUGCAAAAGACCACGAUCAGAAAGAAGUCGACGACAUGAUUGGUUCCGCAGAGCCGAAUUGGCUCGAGCUGGCCCGGAAGCAACGGCUCAAUACCGACAUUCGUAGAGCCAUCUUUGUCGCCUUGAUGGGUGCAGAGGACUACAUUGAUGCGUGCCAGCGUAUUGACAAGCUGCAUCUCAAAAACAAACAGGCUCGCGAGGUCCCGCACGUCAUUCUACACUGCUGUGCGAACGAAAAAGUUUACAAUCCUUACUACUCUUUAGUCGCUGCCAAGCAAUGUACCCAGCACCAGAUGCGGAAGACUAUGCAGUUCACUCUGUGGGACUUUUUGGGCGUUUUAGAGAAUGGGUCGUCAAAUGUGCAAAAGACCAUGCACUACGCCAGGUUUUACGCAUCGCUAGUAACCCAAGGGGCACUUGGCCUAGACAUUCUGAAAAAUGUUGAUUUCCUGACUGCCAACGACGAUCUGCGAGUUUUUCUCGAGGUGUUCUUUGUGUACCUGUUUCGAGCCCUUGGCAAGCAGGCCGAAAAGCAGUCAUCUCACAAUAUGGUCGAAGGAGCCCAGCGUGAUGCCAAGGGUCUUGCUCAGCUGCUUUCACAGACCAAAGACAAGACCAUUUUGCGAGGUAUCCAGCAUGUCUUGCCCCAGGUCGCGACGUCUACAGCGGUGGGAUCCGGCAAAAACGCAGAGCGUGUGAAAUGGUGCACAACUCUAGCCAAUGAACUAAUCCAAGAGUUGGCAGCACGUGAGCAUUCUGCUGAUUUACGCAAUUAA